AUGUCUCACCGAGCCAACAUCAAGAUUCAAAGGAGAGGCUUCAGUAACUCAUCUGCCAUCCUACCAAAUUUGUGUCAUGCCAACUGGAGCUCACAAAGUACAUGCAGAGGUGGAAGAUGUGGCAUUGGCGGUGCUGGCUGGGGACGGGCCGGUGGGGCUGGUUUUGGCAGCCAAAGCCUUUAUGGUCUUGGUGGAUUCAGGAGGAUCUCAGUUGGAGGCAGUUAUGGCAGUGGCAUCGGUGGUGCCUAUGGCUAUGGUGGUGGAGCCUAUAAUGGCUACACUGUUGGCGGUGGUAUUGGUGGAGGCUAUGGGCUAGUUGGACCUAGUUUUGGUGGUGGGAGAGCUGGCCCUGGCUUCCCUGUUUGUCCACCUGGCGGAAUCCAAAAAGUGACCAUCAAUCCCCACCUGCUGGAGCCUCUCAACCUGGAGAUUGACCCCACCAUCGAGAAAGUCCGUAAAGAAGAGGGAGAGCAGAUCAAGACCCUCAACAACAAGUUUGCCUCCUUCAUUGACAAGGUGAGAUUCUUGCAACA